CUGGCAUCAUCACCACUCUGUUUAUAUUGAUCACCCUUCUCGUCUAUGUGUUACAUCCGAAGUUACAAAAUUUCCAAAGCAAAUUAUUGGCAUGCUUUCUAUUUUCCCUAUCUAUGGGCAGUCUAACUCUAAGCAUAAUCGCCUUGCCAAAUGUGGUCUUUCCACAUUUCAUAUGUGGUGUCAUAGGUUAUCUAGGUUACUUUUUCCUUCUGGUCUCAUAUUGCUGGUUAAAUGUCAUCUCAUUUAAUAUGCUCCGGCAGCUACAAAAAUCCAUUGAUCAUCUCUCGGACAAGAAACGUUUUAUUUUAUAUGCUGGUUAUGCCAUGGGAAUACCUCUUUUAAUGGUACUGCUACUGAUCAUAUUGGAACAUUCAAACAUUUCCAUUAGCUUCAAGUCUGGUAUUGGUGGAGAUUAUUGCUGGUUUAGUCCCCUCAAUUGGUCUGCCUUGAUUUAUUGGUUUGGCAUCGAUGCCAUUCUUUUAUGUCUCGAUGUUUCCUUUUAUUUGGUUGUGAUUCUAUCACUGAAGGCAUUACUUAAAUCCCAGCCGGAUUCCAAGGAAUAUUUGCAACAAUUGAAAUUUGCCUAUCGUUACGGUACCCUUGUGCUUGUCAUGGCCAUUUCAUGUCUAAUCGAUGCCACAGCCAAUAUCAAAAGUGUACACCAAUCCAGCGAUGAGCAUUCGUGGUUUUAUUUAUCCAGUUUUGUCAGUGCCAUUCAGGGUUUUGUAAUAUUUUUAAUUUUUGGACUGGGGCCAUUGAGGCAAUGGAGACAUCAACGUUUUUGUCGACGCAUUGGCUAUGUUCGUGAUGAUGUCCAGGCCAGUAAUUUUGAAAACAUUGAAAUUUAA